CGCCUUCGCUCCGCCCCUCCACCAUGGCCUCCGAAAGCCCCGUCCAACUCGAGUACCGCGGCAAAGUCGCCAUCAUCACGCUCAAUGCACCCAAGAAACUCAACGCCCUCGACGGAACAGCCUACUACAAGCUUGCCCUCGCCAUGCAGGAGAUCGCCAAGCGCGAUGAUAUCUACAUUACCGUUUUGACGGGCAAAGGCCGCUACUUCAGCGCGGGCGCAGACGUAUCGUUUGGCAGGACAAAGGACCCUACAGCCGUCGACGAGCAGCAAACGUUCCUGAGGGGCUUUGUAUCUCAAAACCUCUUUAUCACACAAGCCUUUUACACACACCCCAAAAUUCUCAUCACGGCGCUCAACGGCCCCGCCGUCGGUCUCUCGGCUGCCCUAGCCGGCUGGUCUGAUUUCAUUUACAGUGCGCCACACGCCUUCAUCCUCACGCCGUUUUCCUCCAUCGGGCUUGUGACAGAAGGCAACGCCUCGAUUGGCUUUGUGCGGCGGCUGGGCCUACCCAAGGCCAACGAAGCCCUCAUAAUGAGCAAGCGCAUUACCAACGAGGAGCUCGUCGCCACGGGCUUCGUCAACAAGGUGUUUGACGUCGGGAACCCCACGGCGGCAGACUACAACGACAAGUUCCUGGCCAAGGUGCUCGAGGAGGUCAGCGAGCGCUUCGACCACCUGAACAGCGACAGUCUGGUGCAGAUUAAGGCGCUAAUCCAGAAGCCCGAUCGUGCUGCCCUGGAUAGACAGGGUGUCGAGGAGGCGCUGACCGGCUUGAAAAGGUUUGUACAGGGCAUCCCACAGGAGGAAUUCAGGAAGCUGGCGUCGGGUGAAAAGAAGCACAAGUUGUAAAAGGGAUUUUUGGCUUGGACGACUCCGUGCUAAAGAGGAAAAUAGAAGUGAGGGGAAAAACGAAACGAAAAUACAAGCACGUGUUCAACAUUUGCAAUGAGGAAGAUGACUGUUUAUCGUGUGUACAAGGUCUUGGGUAAUGUCUAUACGCUAUUACGUUGUGGAAAUCCGCCAUGUUAGCAUUGGAAUCACUCCUAAUACUCAAACAAGC